UCUUGAAGCGGGCGACCGGCUGAGGCGCACCGGAGAGAAGGAGGCGAGGGCUCCACGGCACUACUGCCGCCGCCGCCGCCGCUCGCGGGCAAGAGAUGGCGGCGGAGCGGGGAGCUCGGCGACUCCUCAGCACCUCCUCCUUUUGGCUCUGUUGCCUGCUGCUGCUCGGGCCCCGGGCGCCGGGCUCCGCGGCCGCCAGGAGCGGCUCCCCGCCGCAGUCAGGAUCCAGCAUUCGAACAUUCACUCCAUUUUAUUUUCUGGUGGAGCCAGUGGAUACACUGUCAGUUAGAGGCUCUUCUGUUGUAUUAAACUGUUCAGCAUAUUCUGAGCCUUCUCCAAAAAUUGAAUGGAAAAAAGAUGGAACAUUUCUAAAUUUAGUAUCAGAUGAUCGACGCCAGCUUCUCUCAGAUGGGUCUUUAUUUAUCAGCAAUGUGGUGCAUUCCAAACACAAUAAACCUGAUGAAGGUUAUUAUCAGUGUGUGGCCACUGUUGAGAGUCUUGGAACUAUUGUCAGCAGAACAGCCAAGCUCACAGUAGCAGGUCUUCCAAGAUUUGCCAGCCAGCCAGAACCUUCUUCAGUUUAUGCUGGGAACAGUGCAAUUCUGAAUUGUGAAGUUAAUGCAGAUUUGGUCCCAUUUGUGAGAUGGGAACUGAACAGGCAGCCUCUUCUUCUGGAUGAUAGAGUCAUCAAACUUCCAAGUGGAACACUGGUGAUCAGCAACACAACUGAGGGAGAUGGGGGACUUUAUCGAUGCGUAGUUGAAAGUGGUGGGCCACCAAAGUAUAGUGAUGAAGCGGAAUUAAAAGUUCUUCCAGAUCCCGAGGUCACAUCAAACUUGGUAUUUUUGAAACAACCUUCUUCCCUAGUCAGAGUCAUUGGUCAGAGUGCAGUAUUGUCAUGUGUUGCUUCCGGACUUCCUCUUCCAACCAUUAAAUGGAUGAAAAAUGAGGAGGCACUUGACACAGAAAGCUCUGAAAGAUUGGUAUUGCUGGCAGGUGGUAGUCUAGAGAUCAGUGAUGUCACUGAGGAUGAUGCUGGGACUUAUUUUUGUGUAGCUGAUAAUGGAAAUGAGACAGUUGAAGCUCAAGCAGAACUUACAGUACAAGCCCAUCCUGAAUUCCUGAAGCAGCCUACUAAUAUAUAUGCUCAUGAGUCUAUGGAUAUUGUAUUUGAAUGUGAAGUGACUGGGAAACCAACUCCAACUGUGAAAUGGGUCAAGAAUGGGGAUAUGGUUAUCCCAAGUGAUUACUUUAAGAUUGUAAAGGAACAUAAUCUUCAAGUUUUGGGUCUGGUGAAAUCAGAUGAAGGGUUCUAUCAAUGCAUUGCUGAGAAUGAUGUUGGAAAUGCACAAGCCGGAGCCCAACUGAUAAUCCUUGAACAUGCACCAGCCUCAACGGGACCACUGCCUUCAGCUCCUCGGGAUGUCGUGGCCUCUCUGGUCUCUACCCGCUUCAUCAAAUUGACAUGGCGGACACCUGCAUCAGAUCCUCAUGGAGACAAUCUUACCUACUCUGUCUUCUAUACCAAGGAGGGGAUUGCUAGGGAACGUGUUGAGAAUACCAGUCACCCAGGAGAAAUGCAAGUGACUAUUCAAAAUCUAAUGCCAGCGACUGUGUACAUCUUCAGAGUGAUGGCUCAUAAUAAGCAUGGCUCUGGAGAGAGUUCAGCUCCUCUUCGAGUAGAAACACAGCCUGAGGUUCAGCUCCCUGGCCCCGCACCUAACAUCCGAGCAUAUGCAACUUCCCCUACUUCCAUCACUGUCACCUGGGAAACACCAUUGUCUGGCAACGGGGAAAUUCAGAAUUACAAAUUGUACUACAUGGAAAAAGGGACUGACAAAGAACAGGAUAUUGAUAUUUCAAGUCAUUCCCAUACCAUUAAUGGGUUGAAAAAAUAUACAGAGUAUAGUUUCCGAGUUGUGGCCUACAAUAAACAUGGUCCUGGAGUCUCCACACAAGAUGUUGCUGUUCAAACACUGUCAGAUGUUCCCAGUGCUGCUCCUCAGAAUCUGUCCUUAGAAGUAAGAAAUUCAAAGAGUAUUAUGAUUCACUGGCAGCCACCUCCUCCAGCCACACAAAAUGGGCAGAUUACUGGCUACAAGAUUCGCUACCGAAAGGCCUCCCGAAAGAGUGAUGUCACUGAGACCUUGGUGGCUGGGACACAGCUGUCUCAGCUGAUUGAAGGUCUGGAUCGGGGGACUGAAUACAAUUUUCGAGUGGCUGCUCUAACAGGAAAUGGCACAGGUCCUGCUACUGACUGGCUGUCUGCUGAAACUUUUGAAAGUGACUUAGAUGAAACUCGUGUUCCUGAAGUACCUAGUUCUCUUCAUGUCCGCCCACUUGUCACUAGCAUCGUAGUGAGCUGGACUCCUCCAGAGAACCAGAACAUUGUGGUCAGAGGUUAUGCCAUUGGUUAUGGCAUUGGCAGCCCACACGCCCAGACCAUCAAAGUGGACUACAAACAGCGCUAUUACACCAUUGAAAAUCUGGAUCCCAGCUCUCACUAUGUGAUUACCCUGAAAGCGUUUAACAAUGUGGGUGAAGGCAUCCCCCUAUAUGAGAGUGCUGUUACCAGACCUCACACAGUGCCAGACCCCACUCCCAUGAUGCCACCAGUGGGAGUCCAGGCUUCCAUUCUGAGUCAUGACACCAUAAGGAUCACAUGGGCGGACAAUUCACUGCCCAAACACCAGAAGAUUACAGACUCUCGGUACUACACAGUCCGAUGGAAAACCAACAUACCAGCAAACACCAAGUACAAGAAUGCAAAUGCAACGACUUUGAGUUAUUUAGUGACUGGUUUAAAAGCAAAUACACUCUAUGAAUUCUCUGUGAUGGUAACCAAAGGUCGAAGAUCAAGCACAUGGAGUAUGACUGCCCAUGGGACCACGUUUGAAUUAGUUCCUACUUCUCCACCCAAGGAUGUGACAGUUGUGAGUAAAGAGGGAAAACCUAGGACUAUAAUUGUAAAUUGGCAGCCUCCCUCUGAAGCCAAUGGCAAAAUUACAGGUUACAUCAUAUAUUACAGCACAGAUGUGAAUGCAGAGAUACACGAUUGGGUUAUUGAGCCUGUUGUGGGCAAUAGGUUGACUCACCAGAUACAAGAGCUAACACUUGAUACACCAUACUACUUCAAAAUCCAGGCUCGGAACUCAAAGGGCAUGGGGCCCAUGUCUGACGCUGUUCAGUUCAGAACACCUAAAGCGGACUCCUCUGAUAAAAUGCCUAAUGAUCAAGCCUCAGGGUCUGCAGGAAAAGGAAGCCGGCUGCCAGACCUAGGAUCUGACUACAAACCUCCCAUGAGUGGCAGUAACAGCCCCCAUGGAAGCCCUACCUCUCCUCUGGACAGUAAUAUGCUACUGGUCAUCAUUGUUUCUGUUGGGGUCAUCACCAUCGUGGUGGUUGUGAUCAUAGCUGUCUUUUGCACCAGGCGUACCACCUCUCACCAGAAAAAGAAACGGGCUGCUUGUAAGUCAGUGAAUGGCUCCCACAAGUACAAAGGAAACUCCAAAGAUGUCAAACCUCCGGACCUCUGGAUCCAUCAUGAGAGACUGGAGCUGAAACCCAUCGAUAAGUCUCCAGACCCCAACCCCGUCAUGACUGAUACUCCAAUUCCUCGUAACUCUCAAGAUAUCACACCAGUUGACAAUUCCAUGGACAGCAACAUCCAUCAAAGGCGGAAUUCGUACAGAGGGCAUGAAUCAGAGGACAGCAUGUCUACACUGGCUGGAAGGCGGGGAAUGAGACCCAAAAUGAUGAUGCCCUUUGACUCCCAGCCACCCCAGCCUGUGAUUAGUGCCCAUCCCAUCCAUUCCCUCGAUAACCCUCACCAUCAUUUCCACUCCAGCAGCCUCGCUUCUCCAGCUCGCAGCCACCUCUACCACCCAGGCAGCCCAUGGCCCAUUGGCACAUCCAUGUCCCUUUCAGACAGGGCCAGUUCCACAGAAUCCGUUCGAAAUACUCCCAGCACUGACACCAUGCCAGCCUCCUCGUCUCAGACAUGCUGUACUGAUCACCAGGAUCCUGAAGGUGCUACCAGCUCCUCUUACUUGGCCAGCUCCCAAGAGGAAGAUUCAGGCCAGAGUCUUCCUACCGCCCACGUUCGCCCUUCCCACCCAUUGAAGAGCUUUGCUGUGCCGGCCAUCCCGCCCCCGGGUCCUCCUGCCUAUGAUGCCGCACUGCCAAGCACACCAUUACUAUCCCAGCAAGCUCUGAACCAUCACCUUCACUCGGUGAAGACGGCCUCCAUUGGGACUUUAGGAAGGAGCAGGCCUCCUAUGCCCGUGGUGGUUCCCAGUGCCCCUGAAGUGCAGGAGACCACAAGGAUGCUGGAAGACUCUGAAAGUAGCUAUGAACCAGAUGAGCUGACCAAAGAGAUGGCCCACCUGGAAGGACUAAUGAAGGACCUAAAUGCCAUCACGACAGCAUGACGUCCUUCAGCAGGACGUGACUCUGGAACUGAGUCUAGAAGUCUUGGGACUUAGCUUUGGAAAUAGGACUUGUACAGAGGACGAGAGGACAGCACUUGAGAUCACAGAGUGAGCACGCAGACCAGCCCGCGCCCCCGUGGGGGGCUGCCUCCACCCAUGGCCACGUGCCUUCUCCUGGUCAGCCCGAAGACGCCCAUGUCGAGGCAGCUACCUUUUACCUGCUACACCCUGCAGGACUGGGCACCAUGGGCCAAAGUUUUGUGUCUAGGGCAGAGGCAAGAAAUGCCACCUACAUUUCACUUCAUGGUCAGGCUGUGUCUUUGUGCUGUGACUUCGCCUAUACGGGGUGUGGACAUUGGCAUUUAUGUACAGUUGUAUUUGCGUCCUAUUUUACCUUCGGAAGAAGAACACUAUCAAAACCAAGGAAGUCCAUGGUGUUCUCCACAAGUGGUUGACAUUCGACUACUUGUCUGAAUUGUGUAUGGAAAGUCAUCAACAGUGUGGGUUCCAGGGGUUGGCUUGUUUUUUGUUUUUCUUUUUAUUUUUUAAUUCUGAGUCAUUACAUCCUUUACCAACUGUUAACCCAUCACUUUGAGGGGGGGAAGAAAUGUUGCAUUGCUGUUUGUAAGCUUUUUUAUUAUUUUUUUAAUUAUAAUUAUUAAAGGCCUGACUUUCUCCUCUCAUCACUGUGAGAUUAUAGAUCUAUUUGAAUGAUAUGUAACAUUGAAAGGACUUGCUUGUU